GACUCGCAACCGAUACGAGUGAACCUUAGCGCAAUGCAGUUAGCUAGCUAACACAUUUUAUACAUGUAAUUCGUACAUUUAUUUGCGCGAUGAGGGGCGAGCCGUAAUUUCAAAACCACGCCAUUCCCAGAAGAGAUUACUUUUUGUUUGUCGAACGCAGUGUAUUUGUUAAUGCAACUUACUAACGCUAGCUGGCUAAUGUAAGCUAGCUAACUGCAUUGCUACCGAUGAAUGAAACUGUUGCAGCUCUCCGUUAGGUAUACGCACUAUACGACCGUAAAUUGUUUAUAUGUGGAAUAGCAUUUAUAGUGUUUGCUAUCGUGGUUGAUUUGUAUUGUCAGAUGUAUUAAUCGUGCGCCCAGUGAUUUGUUCUAUUUUAGGAUGUUUUAAUCUCGAAAGACUGGAGAAAGUGAAAAGGCUGGAGGAAGUUAAAGACAAAACUGUAAUUACCCGCGAAUGACAGUUUUUUUUAAAGUCCUAAUAUAAGAGACAACGUUUUAAGGUACUCGGUGGAAGUCUGAAAUGAAAGUCAUGGAAAGAAGUGUGAUGCGUCUGGUGGCUGUGCAGCACCUCCGCACAGGGUAUGGAAUAAAGACAAAAAACUGGAACAAAAACAAAGCAACCAGCUGUAAAUCAACAGCAAGCAACUCGACAAAGGUUUUUGGUGUACCUCUGGAAAACCUGCCGUGCUAUAACAUGGAAAGUGGAAGUGUGCCAAGAUUUCUGGUUGAUGCAUGUAUGAAUCUGAUGGCGCAUGUUGACACAGAAGGCCUAUUCAGAAAAUCCGGCUCAGUUGUUCGCCUGAAAGCACUCAGGGCAAAACUAGAUGCGGGUGAGGAUUGCCUGUCCACUGCUCUUCCUUGUGAUGUGGCGGGUCUUGUGAAGCAGUUCUUCAGGGAGUUGCCAGAACCUGUCCUGGCCACAGAGCUGCAAGAGGCCUUCCUUAAAGCCCAGCAGCUCCCUACUGAGGAGGAGAAGACCUCUGCUACCAUGCUGCUGUCUUGUGUGCUGCCUGACAGAAACCAUAGCAUCCUGCGACAUUUCUUUGACUUUCUCCACACUGUAUCUAAAAGGAGCGCAGAGAACAAGAUGGAUAGCAGUAACUUGUCUCUAAUAUUGGCUCCUAACCUCCUCCACUUCGGAGAUGGUACAGAAAAGAUGAACGCCAACACAGAGAAACGCCUCAAGCUACAGGCAGCUGUAGUUCACUGCUUCAUAGAGAAUGCACACAGCUUUGGUGUUCUACCACAGUUCCUGCAGGAUAAGGUGCCGGCUAUGAUGGGCUGCGAGGCUGGGAUUCUGUCCCCAACUCAUGAGGUGCUGGAAGACCUGGACUUCAACUCAGGGAUGAAAAGGAAACCCAGGCGCAGCUUUGGAGAUAUGGUCAGUGGUGCUCUGACUAAAAUAAAAACCAAUAGAACACCCACAAAUGCCCCCCACUCAGACAGUCUGGUCUUUUCUUCUGCAACUCCUGUGAUUGCAACACCAACCUCCAAGAGAAAACUUCCUUUGGAAUCGGGUCACUCUUUUGGCUUCUCAAACAAGAAACGUAGAUCUGUGAAAAAGAACCUUGGGAUAGAUUUACUUCCCAAUACUUUGUUCAAUGGGACCUCUACACCUGGAUCAGCUUACAGUGCUUCUGAUGUCUUGGACUCUUCCCAAAAUACGCUGUCGUCAGUGGGGAGGUCUCGAAGGCAAUCUGCUACUUCUGCAAGGAGGAAGAGUCGAAGACUUAGCAACAGGCAUGCUGUCAACAGGGUUGAAUCUGGAAAGGCAGGCUGCUUCUCUCCAAAAGUUGGCAAAAAAGAAGCACCACGCAAGUCUCUGCGCUUGCGUUUCAGCCUCGGGAAGAGCAGCAAAGAUGCUGGAUCUGAGUCCAUUGGCUGGCGUCUUGCCACUCAGGAGAGCACCACCAGUUUUCGUUUCACCAAAGAAACGGACUUCAGUCCAUCAGUUCUGCCAAGAAAAACUGAAUCAAAGAGCUCGAAAUACAUCAGUAAGUCUGAAGACAAUUUGCUGACUCCCCAAUGUAACUUGAGUCCCCGCCGGGUUGGGUGGAACGAGGAAACCCCUGUUGGAGCUCAAGCCUUCGUUGGAGGAUCUUUCACAGAUACACCCAUGAACAUGUGCCUGAAGAGCAACUACGUGUCUGAGCCUACCAUCGUCAUAGCAAAGCCCCCCGCAGUGGCCAGCCUUCCCAAGAAGCUGUGCUGUGCUUCCAGUGCUGAGAGUUUAGAGAGCGACGCAUCCAUCACUGAAGCCCAAAGCCAAACAGGUCCCACCCUGCUGAAAAUCAAGAAGGCCUUCACAGAAUCUGGCAGUGACCUCCAGGCUGUUGUUCAGGACUCCUACAGUUCGAUGGCAGAAAACACAACAGACCCAUCAGAUGGAGUGUUUUUGCCUCAACCUGAAACUCCUACAGUCAAAACUCUGUCUAUGGACACAGAAACCUCCAGUUUACCAACUCAGCAGACUCUUCUGGCUAAUGAACAGAACAUUACCUUUGGCCAAAUAGAAAUUGCAGCUUUGUCUCCUUUGCAUAUUGAUAGUGUGAUUUUUGAGUCUGGUCUGUACUGCAGUUCAGCAGUGAAGGCUGAAAACGGUUCUCUCUGUGCUGAUCUCAUCCGUAGCCAUAAUAGUUCUGUGCUAGGAGAUGCAGAGAAGGAGGAAGAACAGGUGAACUGUAGCAGACUGAUUGAUGCUCUGGACAUCCAAAGUCCAGCUCAUUUCAAACUGGGCGUCUCCUCUGGACUGCAGUCUACUCCGUUCAAGCCCGGUGUUCAACAGGGCAGCGAGCUUUGUACGCCUCCCAGAGUUGGUGCUGAAGUCAGUACACUGUAUGAACAAUGUGAGGAUGAAUUCCUGUCAGAGAUUGGUACCAAAACUGAAAAUCUACACAAACGGCUCCUCUCACCAUGUAACUAUGAAGCCCAGAAGCGUCGGGUGGCAGAACACAUUCAACACUUUAACAAACUCACCCUUCAGUCUCCCAAGGCCAAACUGGUCAAGUCACCCAUCAAGUUCCAGCGCACCCCUGUACGCCAGACUGUCCGCAGGAUCAACUCGCUUUUAGGAGAGAGCCACAGACCCACCAGAAAUUCUGGAUUCGUCACCAGUCAGAGUGGUCAAGUGGUGAAAGCGGUGAGUUUGGAGAGCGGUCUUUCUCCACACCCUCAGCUUCAGCCGUACCAAGGACAAGUACAAGAGUCACUGCCAAACGGCGUUAACCCCAUGAAGAUGCCACCUCCGGUUCCACCCAAAAAACCAAGCACCUUGGCCCGUAAACCUAAGGCUUGUGCCCUGGGGGACGUGACCAACAAGGUCCAGUCCAAAAACAAAUUGGACUCCUCCGAAUGCCUGCUUGGUCAACCAGGACCUCAGAAAGCCCUUGUGCAGCAGGUAGCAGAGAAGGAAAUGCACCAUUACAGAGGCUCUCCCAGAAACCCUCUCAACCAAGUACGACUGCUGUCUGCUACGAAGCCUGUAGACUUAUAGUUCACAAAUGCAUUGCCUUUGUGUUCUUUGUACUAUGCAGGUCACUGAAGGACUACAGGACUUUUAACGCUCCAUCUUGUACUGUCCACAUUUUCAGGGGGUCUUAAUUUAUUUUAGCUACGGUAGUUGCUCUUUUUGUUCUAUUUGUCUUAAUGGGAGAUGUUCAUAUGCCUUACUUUUGUUUUACACUUGUAAAGCAAGAUUAGAAUUUGUCGUCAGCCUACAAGGUAACAUGUUAAUGUUUAGAUCAUAGUGUGCAGGCAGAAUAUAUGACUGAUGGUAUGACUGGAAAUGUUUUGAUCCGUUUUGAACUCCUAUGCUUCUAUUUAUGCGUUUUACUCUUAAUCCCUAGGUAGCGGUUAAAACAAAAAAAGUGUUUACUGAAAGUUAAGCUAUUCAUUUGUACUGCAGAAUGUGUCCUUACUGUCUUUGUCAUUGACAGAAAGAAGAAAAAGCACCUUCUGUCAGACAUAAAAAAAGAAAUGCCAAGCAGUAUUGAUCAAACCAGGUGUUUUACUGUCCAAACCAAAAUGCUUUGCUAUGUGAACUGCUUCAGAAUAAAAUCAACCAGAGUUUGUAAAUUGUGUU